UCUCUGAGGUCGCUCAUUUCGUUCAUCCCUCUUCAGUGAGUCGUUCGUUCGGAGUCGUUCAUUUGAACGAUAGAAUUACCGAUCGGCUUCGAAGCUGACGAGAGUAUUGUGUUGCCUAUAGUAACGACUCACUGAGUCAGAGAAUAUAGGAUCUCGAAACAAAACAAUUGGGUUCCCUAGAUAGUGUCUGUACUGUUACCAGGUUGUCAGUUCGCAGUUCAUUUGCUGCAUACUGCAGAUACGCUUUGCACAAUUGAACGAGCCAUUAUGUACCAAAAGAGUCGUUCAAUCAUCGCUCACUUAGAUGAGUCGUUCAUUUUGAACGACUCGUUCGCGAACGACACAUGACUAACUGCUGACAGCCAACUAACAAUCAGCUGUUUGCGUCGAGGUUAUGUUUGUGGUUGUCGAGAUGGAUGUCUUCAAACUUGCUUCAAACACAGUUGUGUAUUUAUUCAUACAUGUUAUUCGUUGAUCUAUAACAGCUUUAAUAUUUAUCAAUGCAAAUAAAAUAUUUAGGACCACCAUAAGCAAUCAAGAAUGAGCAACCAUAAUUUGAAAAUCGUCAACUUCCAGGACUCAGAUGUGGUUUCAUACUCAAUAAUAAAAAUUCUAGGGAAUAUUGAAGAGCCCUUUUGUCAAAAAGGAAUAAAUGAAAAUGUAUCACUUACAUUGAAUGACAAAAAAUACUCUGCAAAUAUAAGCAACAAAAUAUUCAAAUUUCUGAUUGAGCUACAUAGUGGUAAGAAUGAAAUUCGGAUCCAUUACUGUUGUGAUACCAUUCAACUUGAUAUAAAUUAUGUUCCAAAAGAGUUGCCAAAUACUGUGAUACCCCUGUAUGUGAUAUGUGAAGGCCACAGUGGGUGCUUUCAAGCCCCAGCAAAUGAAAGAAACAACCCAGAGAGUGCCUGUAAAAGAAUAAUGCUAUGUCUGAAAUUGCUACAGUGUGUAACUGCUGAGAAAUUGAACGAACAUGAUUUGGGAAGAAAGACCUUCCUGAUUCAAGAAAACUGUAGAAUCUUUAAAAGUUCAAUAGAUUACCUAAAAGCCCAAGAGAUGAAUCAAAUGGAACUGUGGCAAAAUAUUGGCAAAGAUAUAAUCAGCUCCUUCAGUGGAUCAAAGAAUAAAAAGUUCUUAGCAUUUUUAUCAUUUACACAUUACUAUGGUGAGCAAUAUGUAGAUGGUAUGAAAACUCAUGAAGAGCUUUUAGGGAUCACCAAGGGUUAUGUAGCUUUAGGUGGGGGUAAUUUAGCUUUAUUUGGCACAGCAUGUCUCUUUACUUGGCCUGAACAUUUUGAUGAUGUGAUAAGCAGAUUUGAAGAUGAUACACCAAUUGAUAGAACUCAGUUCUUAGAUGAUAGCUGUUAUAGAGGUACAGUGGGAUCUUGUUUCUCCACAACAUUAGGCUCAGUACUCCAUGAAUUGUACCACACUUUUGAUUUGGGACACUCAAAAGAUGGUAUCAUGGGAAGAGGUUUUGACAACAUUUGCAAGGUCUUCACAAAUCCACAAAUAUGCAAGUCAUCCAGCUUCCAUAAUAAGAUUGAAUUCAAAGAGCAACUUAGCACUUGCAGCUUGAAACAUGUUGACAAGAAUAUGAAGAAAGAUUUUACUGUCAUCAGAAGGACUGAAGAGGUUGAUGAUACUCUGUUAACUAAGAGUUGUGCAGUAUUACUGAGCUUCCAUAGGUAUAAGUUUAAUAGCUUUUAUUGUGCAUUUCUUGCAUCUUGUUUCAAUAUUAUAAUACCCUAAAGGAUCAAAUAAUUGAACUUGAAACUGUUUGUCAAAUUCUCAGUCUUUAUGAAAUCCAGUACAUGAGUCUCAAUCACUCUUGGUUGUAUUCAAAACAACUGUUUUGUUUAUUCUAUCUGAUAAAAAGAAUACUGAUCCAUAAUUCAGGACAGAUGAUAUAAGUAAUCUAUGGCAAAUUUGUUUUUAGGUGGUUGAACAAUUACCCUACCCAGACUUCCCAUCUGUCUUUUGACAGUUCAAAUAAAGUUGUAAAGUCGACAGCAGGUGUCAGAGUGGUUGAGAUAAGACAAACAGAGGAUGAGCUAAUUCUCCAGAGUUGGGUUUUUAUCAGCAAAGUAUUGAAAUUCUCCUUCCAAAUACCACAAAACGUCCUUAGUGAGUUAAACAAUCAAAAUCUCAUCAUUCUAGUGGAAGACAGCAUAGGAACUAUUAUUAAAGAAGAGUUUGUUGCUUAGAUAUUAUAUAAACGUAUAAACAUAUUUAUCUUUCAUAUAGUCAGACUGUGAUAGAAGAUAGGUACUAGAGGGUUAUUCUCUUAGAUAAUGUUUGUCAAAGAUGGAACUAUCAUAUCUUAAAGUAUUUUCAUCUUAUAGUUCUAUGAAGUAUAGUAAUGCUAGUAUACCACUUUGUCCUUACUAUUAUGAAAUAUAUAUCAUUUAUGGC